UUUUCUGCGGUAUUAGGUGUUUCCUCAGCUGAUCCUUUAAUCUGCAAACCCCAUUUUCAAAUGGUUAUUAUGUGAUAUGUAGAUAUGAAUUUACAACAUCUGGUGAGGCCAGCAGUGGCAAAAGGAUUCAAGACAGAGGCAGAGGUAAAGCCUUGGUCACAUGCACAGGGGUUGACCCGUACGAUGCUGCAGGUUUUUGGGUUGUCUGGGCUUGUAAAGAGUUGUAGACAAAGGGUUGAAUGUUAAGGGGAGUACAGGUGGAUCUGGAAGUUUCCAUGAGGCUCAUACGGCCACCUCAAUGGACGUCAUGAAAAUGACGUGAGUGGUAAGUCUUUUGUGAAGUAUUUGUAAGGCCACUGAUGCUAUUGUACAGGGCCGUCUAGUCAUUAUUAAGGUGUGAGGUUUGCCCCCUUACUGACUCAACAUAUCAAUUUGUUUGGAUCUGUUUCACACACAAAAGACUAUAUACGGGGCACUGUGCAGUUGACUGCUUCCACAGUGAAUCUUUAAGUGUCUGUGUACCUCUCUGUUUGUCUUGUUCUGGGUUGUAAUGAAAAACAAUGCCCCCCAAUUUUGUCAGAAGAAUUAAUAAAUUAAUUACAAAAUGAAUCUUGGGCUUUUUUGAGCUCCUGAAAAAGCGAAGGAACACAUUUUCCCAUUUCAAGUCAUGUGCUGUUGUUCUGGAGAUGUGGAUUUUACCCCAUACACUAUGAUCUAAACAUUUUGUUUGUUCGUUCAUGGAGUUUAAAAGACUAACUUUUUUCUUUGGCUGUCAAAUGCACCAUCAUCAGACAAUGCUACUGUGUUCUCCAUGUUUCUGUCACUGUUGUCUGUCUGUUUCUGCUUCUUUGUUCAUAUUUCAAUCUGAUGAAGUAUGAAGGGUUAAAGUUGAUGCACAAAUGCUGUCACCUGCUACAUUGGCUGCCUUUGUCUUUCUUUUUCUUUUUUUUUUGUUCUUGUGGUUUGUAACACGCCACCCUUCUCCUCCCACUUCCUUCAGGUUUUGGUCUGCUUUGGGUUGACUGGUCAUUAUGCUGAUGCAGCUCUGUAGUUUCAAGAACUUGUACCAAAACCGGCUCCUGAGCCUGGCUGCAAUGGCCUCCCCGACCCGCAGCGGGCCGACGCGCCAGCGCUGCAAGGAUGUGGCUCGUCACAGCUACGGCGCUGAGACCUACAACGUCAACGGCCUGAACCAGGAAGCCUUCUUGUUGGGUUUAUCGCGCUCCACCAGUGACACCGACCUGGUCUCCCCUGAUGCUCGCUCCACGCUCACUGUUAGCUCCUCCCACUACACCAUAGGCCAGUCUGAAGAUCUGGUGAUCUCUUGGGACAUCAAGGAAGAAGUGGACGCUGGAGACUGGAUUGGAAUGUACCAAGUUGAUGAAGUUCUGUCUGAGAACUUCCUGGACUAUAAGAACCGAGGCAUCAGUGGAUCUCACAAGGGACAGAUCGUUUGGAAAAUUGAGUCCGGCGCAAACUUCAGUGACGUUGAGACCCAAGUCUGCUUCAGAUACUACCACGGCGUUACUGGAGCGCUGAGAGCAACAACACCAAGUGUUACCAUCAAGAAGAGUGCUCCCCCAGUUUCAAAGCCAGUAGUCAGUCCUGAAGUCAAUCAUGGAAUGGGGAACAGGAGGCUCAUUAACUUUUGGUUGUCAGAUCUCCAGGCUGUUGGACUAAAGAAAGGGAUGUUCUUCAACCCUGACCCCUACCUGAAGCUCUCCAUCCAGCCGGGGAAGCACAGCAUCUUCCCCUCGCUGCCCCACCACGGGCAGGAGAAGCGCUCCAGAGUGGUGUGCAACACAAUCAACCCGCAGUGGACCACCGAGAGGUUCAACUUCGUGUCUCUGCCCACCGACGUCCUGGAGAUUGAAGUGAAGGACAAAUUCGCCAAGAGUCGACCGAUCAUCAAGCGCUUCCUCGGAAAGCUGUCCGUCCCGGUCCAGAGGCUGCUGGAAAAACACGCCAUCGGGGAUCGGGUUGUGAGUUACUCUCUGGGCCGCAGGGUGCCGACGGAUCACGUCUGCGGCCAGCUGCUGUUCCGCUUUGAGCUGACCUCCUCCAUUCACCCCGAUGACGAGGAAGUCUCUCUGGUCAUUGAGACGGCGUGCGCUGAGGCGGCAAACGCAGCGGACGACGCCGGCGGAGCAGCAGAUGACGACACGCUGAGCGUGGGCCCCGACAUGCCCAAUCUACCGUUGGACGCCCCCCCUGAAGCAGAGAACUCACCCCCCACACAUGAGGAAGAAACCCAUCCUGCUGAGAGGGAAGAGGAGGAAGGAGGAGCACAGGUGGAGCAAGGAGGUACGGAGGAGGAGGAGGACAGGAGGGAGGAACCUCCAGCUAUUCAGCAGCAGGAGGAGAAUGAGGAACAGCAGGAGGCCAACGGUAUACAGGAGGAAGGAGGAGAAGCGAGGGCAGAGGAGGAGCAGAGACAGGAGGUCGCUCCUCAGUCGCCGGCGGUUGAGAGCAAAGAUGGAGACGAAGAGGAGCUUGGAGCCUCCUCCGGUGGAGCAGCUGCAGUGGAGGCUCCUUCGGAGGAAAGCGCCACAGGAGCAGGCGAGGGGGCCCCGAAGGGAGAAACAGAGGGAGGAGAAAGGAGCUCCCCUCCCUGCUCCUGCCAGCCUCCGUCAUCAAACCUGAAUUCCAACGCCUCCUCCCGGCGUAAAAACCGGCCCUGCUCCCUGCCGGUGUCGGAGCUGGAGACGGUGAUCGCGUCGGCCUGUGGCGAGCCGGAGACGCCGCGCUCCCACUACAUCCGCAUUCACCACCUCCUCCACAGCCUCCCGUCUGCCCAGCAGAGAGCUCCCAGCCAGGAGGGGGAGGACACCAGCAGCACUGUGGACGCCACGUCACCCACACUCAAAACCUCCAAGGAGGAGAACGGCCCCGAGGAAGAGGAGGAGGAUGAUGAUACCACUCAGUCGCCGUCACAGGUGCCCGAGUGUCCGGGGCCGUGCUGCCGGCGCUCCCUGCCCCGCAGCCUUUCCAUCGAGCGCCUGUCGGAGCUGAACCAGCUCCUGGAGGGCGAUGGAGGCAGGGGGCACCCCGUGAUGAGGAGAAUCUCCCCCUCCUGCCUGGACAGCGAGGAGGGGGAUUCCAGCAACGGCGGGAGAAGGGUUUGUGGUGGCACACACAGACCUUUGGGGGAGAACGAGUGCGAGUUCUGCGACACCUCCUGCUACAGCACGUCCUGCUACAGCACCUCCUGUUACAGCACCUCCUGCUACAGCAACUCAGGCUUUGAGGGGAGGGGCCGAUUCUGCAGCCACAACCGCCUGUCGUCAGUGGACAGCAACCGGCUCUCUGGGAGCACGGUGUUCUCCUCCCAGGACGAAGAAGACGAGGAGGAAAGCGCCUUUGAGUCGGUGCCGGACUUCGCCCACCCUGAGGGCCAGAAUCUGGGCGGGCCAGAGGGAGGCAGGACGCCACCGAGCGGAUGCAAGGAGAACAGGAGAGGGGAGCAGGGGGAGCCGGCUGUGGCUGGACCCAGCGACAGGAACGGCAUAGGCUCAGACUCCUCCCCUCCUGUUGACCAUCUUCCUGUUCUGCGACCCAGCCAUGACCUUAACCAUUUUCCUGCUGCCACAGACCAAGCCUUACCUCCAAACUGGGAAGCUCGCAUCGACAGCCAUGGCAGAGUUUUCUAUGUGGACCACGUCAACCGGACCACGACCUGGCAGAGACCGAGUCACAGCACCAAAUGCAACCACGGCAUCCCUCGCUCCAGCUCCACGCAGCAGAUGGAGCAGCUCAACCGCAGGUACCAGAACAUCCAGAGGACCAUGGCCACAGAGGAGGACGGUGGGAGUCGGAGUUCAGACGGAGACUCUGACUCCCCACAGACAGGUCCCUCAUCUCCUGUCAAUCAACAGAAAAUCACUCACCUCCUCCAGUCUCCUGCUGUCAAGUUCGUCACACACCCAGAGUUUUUCACUGUGUUGCACAGCAACUAUGCAGCGUACCGCAUGUUCACCAGCAGCAGCUGUGUGAAGCACAUGGUCCUGAAGGUUCGCCGGGACGCCAGGAACUUUGAGCGCUACCAGCACAACAGGGACCUGGUGGUUUUCAUCAACAAGUUUGCAGACACACAACUGGAGCUGCCCAGAGGCUGGGAGAUCAAGACGGACCCACAGGGAAAGUCUUUUUUUGUAGAUCACAACAGUCGAGCUACAACUUUCAUCGACCCGCGGAUCCCUCUGCAGAACGGCCGGUUACCGGGCCACCUCGCCCACAAGCAGCACCUCCAGAGGCUGCGCAGCUACAGCGCCGGAGAGGCGUCUGAAGUGUCCCGGAGUCGUGGGGCCUCGCUGAUGGUCCGUCCUGGAAACAGCCUGGUAGCAGCCAUACGAAGCCAGCACCAGCCAGACUCCCAGCCGCUGAGCGCUCCAUCGUACAACGAUAAGAUCGUAGCGUUCCUACGGCAACCCAACAUCUUUGACAUGUUGCAGGAGCGACAGCCCAGCCUGAGCAGAAACCACGCUCUGAGAGAGAAGAUCCAUUACAUCCGGACUGAAGGGACUCAGGGGGUGGAGAAGCUUUCAUGCGAUGCUGACCUGGUCAUCCUGUUAAGUUUAUUUGAGGAGGAAAUCAUGUCUUACGCCCCUCCUCACCCCAUCCACCCCGGCUUCAGCUUCUCUCCGCGCUGCUCACCCGCCUCCUCACCCCAGAAUUCUCCUGGUCUGCAGAGGGCCAGAGCUCCAGCUCCGUACCGCAGAGACUUCGAGGCCAAACUGAGGAACUUCUACAGGAAAUUAGAAGCUAAAGGCUACGGCCAAGGACCGGGCAAGAUCAAGCUGCUGAUCAGGAGAGAGCAUCUGCUUGAAGGAACCUUCAACCAGGUGAUGGCCUAUUCCCGCAAAGAGCUGCAGAGGAACAAGCUCUACGUCACCUUCCUGGGGGAGGAGGGAUUGGAUUACAGUGGUCCUUCCAGAGAGUUCUUCUUCCUUCUGUCUCAGGAAUUGUUCAACCCCUACUACGGCCUGUUUGAAUACUCCGCUAACGACACGUACACGGUCCAGAUCAGCCCCAUGUCCGCGUUUGUGGAGAACCACCUGGAGUGGUUUCGGUUCAGUGGUCGUAUUCUGGGUCUGGCUCUGAUCCACCAGUACCUGCUGGAUGCGUUUUUCACCCGACCCUUCUACAAGGCGCUGCUCCGGCUACCAACAGACCUGUCUGAUCUUGAGUAUCUGGACGAGGAGUUCCAUCAGUCGCUGCAGUGGAUGAAGGACAAUGACAUCACAGACAUCCUGGAGCUCACCUUCACGGUGAACGAGGAGGUCUUUGGUCAGGUGACCGAGCGGGAGCUAAAGUCUGGAGGCUCCAACCUGCAGGUGACUGAGAAAAACAAAAAGGACUACAUAGAGCGAAUGACCAAAUGGAGGGUGGAGAGGGGAGUGGUCCAGCAGACUGAGGCACUGGUUCGAGGCUUUUAUGAGGUGGUGGACUCCAGGCUGGUGUCUGUCUUUGAUGCACGAGAGCUGGAGCUGGUCAUUGCUGGGACAGUGGAGAUAGACCUGAAUGACUGGAGGAGCAACACUGAGUACAGAGGAGGUUACCAUGACGGCCACAUAGUGAUGCGAUGGUUCUGGGCAGCUGUGGAGAGGUUCAACAACGAGCAACGCCUCCGCUUGCUGCAGUUUGUCACAGGGACGUCCAGCGUUCCCUACGAAGGCUUUGCUGCCCUCCGUGGAUCCAAUGGCCUACGGCGGUUCUGCAUCGAGAAAUGGGGCAAAGUAACUUCAUUACCUAGGGCUCACACCUGUUUCAACCGCCUCGACCUGCCUCCUUACCCUUCAUACACCAUUCUGUACGAGAAACUGUUGAUCGCUGUGGAGGAAACCAGCACAUUUGGCCUGGAGUGAGGAGGACUCAUCGAAUGCAGCAACCCACUUUGUGCUCUUCUGGCUGGGCCAAAACACUAAAGAAAAGUGGCCUCUUUUUGGCUGAAGACGUUGUAAAGACUUGUGACCCGUCCAGGACAAAGUAUGAUGGUGUGAAUUUAUGUACGUCACUGUCAAGUGUUCGUCUUUCACCUAAAUACAAUGGGCUCAGGAGAGUACCCACACUCAAGCCAUCCAGCCGGACUACAGUUAUUUUUAUAUUAUUAUUUACAAGUGUGGCAUGUGAAACGCUUCACUGGCUUCAAAAAGGAGAAAAAGAAAAAUGUAUAUAUUUACUCCAUGUGUAAUCAAAGAAAGUAUGCAAAGAGAUUGGAGAUCAUAUCUUGCAUGAACCAAAUUGCAUCAUCCUUUCAAUGAUGAAAAUACUUAGUAAAUGUGAUUUAAAAAAAUCCUAUCAAAAACUUGGGAAAAUGCAGGGGAUGUCAAAUAUUAUUAAAAUAAUGCUUUAGUGCUGGAAAAUGAACAGAAAUGUAUCUUUAAUCCACAAAUUAAAAUCUACUCAAUGAUUUAUAAAAGGUCAAAUGGUCAAAUUAUUGCUCAAAAGCAAAAUUAUUAUAUAAGACCAAAAAAAGUGACAGAUCUAACAUGCAAAAAUACAUAUUUGAGUUUUCAUAGAAACAUUACUGUGCUUCAGGUUCAAAAGAGACAAAUAUAGAUUUUUUUUAAAGAUACCGAUACAAGACUGCAACCUUAGAAGGUGUUUUGACAUAUCCUUACCCAUUUUUAAAAUUUUUGUAUUUACAUCUUUAAAAGCAUUUAUGAAGUCUGGAAAACAAAUCUUUAGGUGGUCCCUCCAUUUAAAAAAAAAGGAAAGGCCUAACAUCGGUUUAUACUACUGCGUCAAAGGAACAAUCAAGUAUAAAUAUCAAGAUGCUAUUUUUAAAAAGGUUGCUGCAUCUCAAAAAUAAAAGCAAAAACAAUAGUUUUCAAAUCUGCAAAAAAAAUGUUCAAAGCUGUUACUUUCUGGUUCAACACAUUCUCACUCUCAAGUCGUCACUUUUAGUGAAGCCAUCAUCUGCGUCACUUUUUGACGUGCUAACUGUUCCCAUAAAAUCCCCAACCUCUGGGCCGGGAACUGGAACCCGUCCAGUACCGCAACGCGGAGCGCACUCGUACCUAAACCUGUUACUGGUACCCUUACCCUAACCUACCGUACACGGUACCAGAUCCAGUGACAGACCCGGACCAGUACCAAAUGCGGUACUCGGUGCAAACCGGAUGGUGCACCGGACGCGAACCAGUACCGGGUUAGGGUACCAUUACUGGACGCAUCACAAGGACCAGUUUGCAUCCAAUACCACGCCUGGGGGUUUGCAAACCCUUGAUUUUACGAACUGCCAGAAAAUGACAAGUUGGGGACCCCCAAAAUGUCAAAAAGUGAAACGGAGGGGUAAUUAACCAAACAACAAUAUAUGACGACUUGGGGAUGAGAAUGUGUUGUCAUUAAAAUUGUUUGCACAGUAUUAAGAAUCCAUAAGGUGAGCAAAAUGAACUAAAACUGAGCCCAGAACACAUUGUUGUCCGAGUGUCCUACUCAAAUGUUAAAAGUUUUGGUCUCUCUGUGUGAAAUCCCCCAUCAUUCAGAUUGUUGACCAGUAAAGAUUGAUGAAGUUGACAACCUCCUUUAGUAAAUCACCGCAAACCUCCAAAUUUUAUGUGGUCUUCAGAUUAUUCCAAGAAACAUCUGUACAGGGUUUCAUGAAAUGGGGUUUUGUGGACGAUGGAAAAUGUCAAUGCAGUGGCAUAAAUCUCACCUCUCCUGGACUCCAGAGUAAAGGAUUCUGUGGAGUGACGAAUCACUCUUCUCUAACUAGCAAUCUGAUGGAUGAUCCUGAGUUUCUCAGUUGCUUGGAGGACAUAUCUUGUCUGACUAGACUUUACAGAGUACAAAGUUUGAUGGAACGAAGACUAUGGUGACACCCUAAUUACAAUGAAAAGACCUUUUGAAGCUUCAUUAUACCAAUACACUUUGGAUAAUUCGAUGCUCCCAACUUUGUGGGAACAAAGUAUGGACCUUCCUGUUCCAACAUGACUCCUACCAGUCUACAAAGAAGGUCCACAAAAAGAAGGAUGGGGGAGUUUAGUGUGGAAGAACUUGGCCGGCCUCAACAGACACUUUCAAAUAUCUGCUUCUGGGAUAAUAAUAUGAACUAAAUCCUUUGAAAAGUAAAGAGUAGAUGCUGUUACUGGUGUUGGAACAAACCAAAUAAUUGUAACGUUUAUGGAUAGAUUUGACUUCAGUUUUAAAGGAAUUGGCAAUCUAGUGUAGAUAUCUGAGAAACUGGUGAAUGAUUAUGGUUAUCACCUGUUAGAUAAGCCAUUCAUACAUGUUAUGUUGUCAUAAUCUUCAUGUAUGACAAAAACUCAAAGCAAAUACCAUGAAAUCAUGCUUUUUAAGAAAUGUUGCUGUACAUCCUAAAAAAGUAACUCUUUAUGUACCAUCCAAGUACUUGAGCUUUAUACAACAUAUUCAAAAAGUAGAAGGCAAAAAGUUGUCUUUUUGAUAUUAAAUAAAGGAUGUAAUUAUAGAAUGUAUCACUUCUUUGCAUUUCUUGGGCAACCAUAUAUAAGUAUGUUAAAAAAAACAACCUAAUUACAUUGGUCUACAGUUGAAAAAAGUAAAAAGUGAUUCCUAAUUCGAACAACUAAACAAAAAAAAAUCAUGAUCCUCAAUUUCAGAUUUUGGAAAACAAGAAACAAGUUCAGAUUUAUUUUAUAACCCAUUGAUUACCAAGAAUAUCUGCUCAUUGCUUUCUGAAACAUAAGUAACGAUUCACAGUUGUUUUUUUAGUGUCUAAAAUAUACAAUGACAGCAGUUUAUCUUCAGCUUCGAUGAAAAAGAGAUUUUUUUUUUUUUUGUGGAUACGGAUUCCAUCCAAGUAACUGCACACUUCUAACUCUCCUGCCAAGGAUUGCUCAUGCUCUAACUUAAUCUGUGGUCCAAAGCAACAUCUCAGAUGAACUCAUUGCAGUUGAAGUCAAGUCUUCCAGCACACAUUUUCUUACAAUCCAUAUUUUUUUGGGUUCUUCCAUCUCCUUAGUUCAGGUUUGCAUACAAGCUAAACGUAAAUCUCUGAAACGUUGCAAAGUAAAAUUGAAAUAUUUAGGAAUUUAUAAAAAAUAAUAAAAUUUUCAUUACAUUUCAGCAGCUGAGGCAUGAACCAGUGGAUAAACCACAGUAAAACAUAUAAUACCAAAACCUUUACUCUAAGAUGUUUCCUGUUAUUUUUUGCGUGCAUUUCAUACUAUUGCAGUAUUUCCCGCUCCUAACUUGCAUUUUUAUUCCAGAAUGGAAAUUGUACCUCAGACAUUUACUGCCUCAAGUGUGGCCUACAGGGUUGGUGGUUUCAGAGCUUUGAAUACAUUUCAAGUAAUAAUGUCAUCUAGUUAUUAAAGCUCCAGGUGAAUAAGAAUUUUAAGUGAGGUCUCUUAACUGUAAGGAUUAUUUUUAAAAUAUCAGUAACAUCACAGUAGUUGAAGCAAAGUCUUGGCUUUGAUGCUUUAAUCCUUUAACACAGAGAUGUCGCUGGCGACAUUUAAAUAACACACCGUCUUUGACAUCAAAAUCUUUGACCGUUUACGCAAUCAACGUGAAUCAGCUGAAUCUAACGCGGAGAAAAGUGUCUUUUCACAUCCCUUGGUACUGAAUGCAAAAACACUUCUCUCUACAUCAGAAUCAGAUAAUUUAUGUUGCUUACAUAAGCACUUAACUAUUGUAGUGUUACAUAAAGUUUCUGCGCAAGGUUGUUUUUCUCCACUUCAGAAUCAGCUGGAAUUUCAAUAAUUGCGUAUAUGGUUGUAAAGUGAAGCUAACUGAAGGAAUGUAAACAAUGAAGUUAAAACUCCUGUGUUGAAAGGGUUAAAUAGCCCCAUAUUUUUUUCAAAAGAUUACAUUAAAAGCCACAAUUUAAGCAAAAUUGUCAAUUUAAUCAAACAGAAGUAGGUUUUUGAUGAGAAAUAAAUUGUCUGUCACUAGACCAUGAAGAUAUGAUCCACAAUAGGGUAAAAUAAGUCUGCCCUAAAUGAUUAAAAACUUAAACAAGAUCAAUAAUAUUGUAGUAUGUAUGAAAAAAGCAUUUAUAUAUGUAUAUAAAAAAAUACAAGUUAUCCCAGCCUAGAGCCCUGAGGAACACCAUUUUUGAUUUGAAGAUGUAUAAAAACCUUAACAGUUGACAAACUUAAGCAUUUUUUUAAAACAUGUCUAAAGUAAUAUUUAUUAAACAGUAAGACAUUUAUGACACAAUCCUUUGUUAGUACUGUCAAUUAUAGUGCUAGAAAACGGCCAGUUCUUAUGGUAAGCAAGUGAGUGUUUCUCUACUAACGGCGAACUGGUAAAGCUAGCUUUAGCUCUGUAAGGUACUUUCUACUCUGGAUAAGUCAUACACAUUGCAGAAAGAGGUGUGGUCAGAACUGUUAUUAUAGCAUCAAAAACUAAACAAAUUCUUUGAGUAAGUCGCUAACUGGUACUCACCAAACAAAAUGGUCAAAAGGGUAUAGUGUUGAAUAAGACAUGAUCCAACCACAUUUAUAACCCAUAACCCAUUUUUUUUUUUUAACUAACAAAAUAAACCCUUUAACUUCGGAGAUGUCGCCAUUGAUGCCUAAAUAACACUCUCUUUAAACUACCAUGACUUUUUGACUGUUAACAAAAUUAACAAAUUCUGAUGCAGAGAAAAGCAGUCUGUAUGUCAGUAACAGCUAGUUUAUGUUGAUUUUGUAAUAAUUUCACCUCUGUGAAGUGUUGCAUAAGAGCUCAAAAUACUUUUCUCUCCAUAAGAUUCGGAAGAAAUGAUGUUAACUGUGCAAAUAGUUGAAGAGUUACGGUAAUUAAAAGACUGUCCGGUGUUAAAGGGUUAUCUUACUUAUUGAGUCAUAUUGACUCAUUUAAAACUGACAUAUUGUUUAGACGGAAAGUUAUGCAUAAAACUAUAGUUAAGGUUUAUGUUUAAAUCAAAUAUUUACAAAUAUAGUUUAAGCAAAUAAACUAUAUUCAAAUAUUUCCUAAAUUGAGAUGGGACACACCGUUAAUUUUUUUUGAUUCAGUAGAAUCCAACGGGUGCAAAAUAAUUAGUGAGUAACGGGUGAAAACGAGAAAAAUGGCAAAUAAUUGUUUGUUUCUCAAACUUUAUUGUGUUUGUUGUCCAACUGAAUCUGUUCACAAAUGACAAUCUUUUCCGGAGUUGAUCCGCAGAGUUUUUGCCAGUGGAAAUCUACAUCGACUGUUUCCUGGCACUGUGAGUGCGUGAGUGAAUUUCUUGGGUGAUUUGAAGAUUUAUGGUGAAUCGUCUGACAUCAUGUUGUUGUCCUGGUGGAGGUGGGGGAUAUGGUGCUUUUUUGUGCUGUUGUAGUCUUAGAAAGUGUUCCGGAAUUGAAGUUUUUCAGCAUCAAGAAAACACAAGAAUGUUUCUAGUUUAACAUUUUUGAUUUUUUUAAAUAGUAAAAGACAGCAUGCAUUAACUAUGACCAUUACUACAUAUAAGAGUCGAUUUUAUCAGAUAAUUGUCUUCCUAUCUUUCCCAGCAGUCAGGUUCUGGUUUAUUAACGGCUGGGCGACGAGGGCUUAACCGCCCCGUCAUGUAAAUGAAGAAUGGUUACAUUACAGUUCUGUUAAAGUUUACUUUUUUCUGUUGCACUGUUAAAAACACUGUUUGAUGAAUGUUUUGUUUUUGAUGAAAUGAUAAAGAUCAGCUUUCAAGCUUUGCCUUUACUUCUGAAGCCUUUAUGUUUGGAUGACGACUCCUCAGUGUCUAUUUGAAAAAUUGAAUUGAUGUGUUAGCUGGCACUAUUUUUUUUUUUUUUUUUUUUGUAUUACUUUUUUUAAAAAGAACUUUAAUGUACAAAUUGGACAGAAGCUGUUAAUUUUUCAUGUGAAAUCACUGAAGCAUGAACAUUUUGUUUCCACUUGUGUACAGGUGUACUGCUGUCUUACAUCCAUGUAUAUAAUUUUGAAAACUUCGCCUCUGAUUCAACUGAGACGUGAUGGCUACAUUUUCAGGCUGUGCAGCCAUCUAUAAUGUGGAUAUGAAUCUCAAUUAAACUAUCUCUUUGGUACUGCAC